AUUCCCCUGUUGACCAGUUAGAUUCAUCGUUUUGCUUCCUCUUUGAGAGUUGUGCGCGAAGUUUGGAGCUGUUAAGCGGUUGUAUUUAUUUGUAUUUGAUAAUCAGUGUGGUGUACAGAUGCCACCCAAAGCCAAAGCAGCCGGUAAAGCCAAAGCGCCAGCGAAGAGGAAGCUAGCUGAGGAGUUUCCCCCCGGAGAGGUUCUGACGGACACGGCGAAGAAAAGCUGGAAGCUCGGGAAGCCUGUUGGUCAGGGAGGCUUUGGCCUGUUGUAUCUGGCAAGCGACGAUACGUCAAAGGCUGUCGGUGACAAUGCGCCAUACGUCAUCAAAGUGGAGCCGAGUGAUAACGGCCCUCUCUUCUCUGAGCUGAAGUUUUACAUGCGAGCUGCCAAACCUGAGCUAAUCGGAGCUUGGAUAAAGUCACGGAAACUGAAAUACUUAGGGGUGCCAAAAUAUUGGGGCUCAGGACUUCACGAGAAAGGUGGAAAGAGGUACAGGUUCAUGGUCAUGGACCGAUUCGGGACGGAUCUGCAGAAGAAGUUUGAGGAAAGCGGAAAGAAGUUUCCACGGAAGUUGGUUCUUCAGCUUGGACUCAGACUUCUCGACAUCCUCGAGUACAUUCACGAUCACGAAUACGUCCACGCCGACGUUAAAGCCUCCAACCUGCUUCUUUCCCAUAAGAACCCCAACCAGGUUUACUUGGUGGAUUACGGGCUGGCCUACAGAUUCUCGCCGGAAGGCGUGCCGAAGGAAUACAAAGAAGACCCAAAGAGAUGCCACGAUGGGACCAUCGAGUUCACCAGCAUUGACGCGCAUCAUGGAGUUUCUCCCUCCAGAAGAGGCGACCUCGAAAUCCUGGGUUACUGCAUGAUCCAGUGGCUGUGCAGCCGCCUGCCCUGGGAGGAUAAGCUCCAAAACCCGGUUUAUGUCAGGGACUCGAAAAUACGAUGUCGCAACAAUAUCAGAGAGUUCAUAAAGAGCUGUUUCUCCGCAGGACAAGAACCAGACGAAAUGAUAAAGUUCAUGGAGGAGGUGAAGACGCUGGGCUACACGGACAAACCCGACUACGCCAAACUACGCAGCGUUUUGCAGCAGGGAUUGAAAAGCAUCGGCUCCACAGAUGACGACAAGCUGGACUUCACGGUGGCCGUGUCCGGCGCUGGGCCGUCCUCGGUCAAGACUCCUAAGCGGAAGAAAGUCGCAGAUAAAGAGACGGCUAAUGACGAGACCGAUAGCACCCCUGCGAAGAAGAGACGUCCGGCUCAGAAGAAGGAAGUGAACGGAGUAAAGAAGACGGCCGCGAAGAAGUCCAGUCCGAAGCGCCUCGUCGACUCGGGAACUCAGACGUCCCCGGCAGUGGCGGUGAAGAGAGGCAGAGGCAGGCCCAAAAAGACCGCAUAGCUCUCCUGUUUUUAAACUGCUACAACUUCUUUUUAACUCUUUUUUUUUUUUUUUUUUUUUUUUUUUUUUCUCGAUUAUUUCCUAGC